AGAGAGCAAGCAGCAGAAAUGUCAGAGGCACCAUGCCUGUGGGAACAAAGCUGAACUCCUCAUGGAAGGAGAUUGCUACAGUUCCAGUCUUGUGAGCCGAAGCUCCUGUUCAAUCGUUCUAGAGCAUCCAAGCAAUAAAUGAUAUUAACUUAAAAAUGUUAAUAUAUUUAAUCUCAUUUAGUUGUUAAAAUAGGCCUAAAUUUCCUCUUUGGGGACUAAGACUUGCAGAGACGCCUCCAUGGAGAGCGCACUCUUCCGGCGGGAACUGGUGUCCUUGGUGACGUCAUCCGGGUCUGAGCUGUGAGAGGUGGGGCCAGCAGGCAGUAUCAAAGUUCCCGUAUGUGCGUUUUCAGUCUUCAAUUAGGUCCGAAUUCCCAGCAUAUAAGGGUACUACGGUCGCUCGUCUUUCACAUUCCUCCGGUUUGUUUUUGAGGCUGGUUCGUCAUGUCUGGUCGCGGCAAAGGCGGAAAAGGCUUGGGUAAAGGGGGCGCCAAGCGUCACCGUAAAGUCUUGCGAGAUAAUAUCCAGGGUAUUACCAAACCUGCCAUCCGGCGUCUUGCUCGGCGCGGUGGUGUCAAGCGUAUUUCUGGACUCAUCUACGAGGAGACCCGCGGGGUUCUGAAGGUGUUUCUAGAGAACGUGAUCCGUGACGCUGUUACUUACACGGAGCACGCCAAGCGCAAGACCGUAACAGCGAUGGAUGUGGUCUACGCUCUCAAACGACAGGGACGCAGGGUGCCCACAGCGUUGCAUGUUAGGCCAAUGACAGGAAUGUCAGGCAUGGCGCGUACUAAGCAGACCGCUCGUAAAUCCACAGGCGGUAAAGCACCGCGCAAGCAGCUGGCCACUAAAGCAGCUCGCAAAAGCGCUCCAGCCACGGGUGGUGUGAAGAAGCCUCAUCGCUACCGCCCUGGUACCGUGGCUUUGCGCGAGAUUCGUCGCUACCAGAAGUCCACCGAGCUUCUUAUCCGGAAGCUGCCGUUUCAGCGCCUGGUGCGAGAAAUCGCUCAGGACUUCAAGACCGACCUGCGCUUUCAGAGUUCCGCUGUGAUGGCGCUGCAGGAGGCCUGCGAGGCUUACUUGGUGGGGCUUUUUGAGGACACCAACCUGUGCGCUAUCCAUGCCAAACGCAGUUGGUGUUCAUCUCCGAUAAUGUCUGGUAGAGGCAAAGGUGGUAAAGGUUUGGGAAAGGGAGGCGCCAAGCGCCACCGUAAAGUGUUGCGUGAUAACAUCCAGGGCAUCACGAAACCCGCCAUCCGUCGCUUGGCCCGACGCGGCGGCGUGAAACGCAUCUCGGGCCUCAUUUAUGAGGAGACCCGAGGUGUGCUUAAGGUGUUUCUGGAGAAUGUGAUCCGGGAUGCUGUAACCUACACGGAGCACGCCAAGCGUAAGACAGUCACCGCCAUGGAUGUGGUCUACGCGCUCAAGCGUCAGGGUCGCACUCUGUACGGCUUUGGUGGCUGAUCCUCAUGCCGGCUUUAUUUAACAGCUUACCCAUAAAAGGCCCUUUUCAGGGCCACC